GCAUUGUUUCAGAGCAGAGGCCCCCUCAACCACCAUCCCUCGUUCUGAGCCUCCUUUGCAGUUUGCACUCUCUCCCUCUCUCCCUCUCUCUGCUCCUCUACUUGUCGAGUUAUUAAAGUUUAAAGAUGGCAGAGACUUUCCUAUUUACCUCCGAGUCAGUGAACGAGGGACACCCUGACAAGCUCUGUGACCAAAUCUCCGAUGCUGUGCUCGAUGCUUGUCUUGAACAGGACCCAGAUAGCAAGGUUGCGUGUGAAACAUGCACCAAGACCAACUUGGUUAUGGUUUUUGGAGAGAUCACAACCAAGGCCAACGUUGACUAUGAGAAGAUUGUGCGUGACACAUGCAGGAACAUUGGGUUUGUUUCAGAAGAUGUAGGGCUUGAUGCUGACAAUUGCAAGGUCCUUGUAUACAUUGAGCAACAAAGCCCUGAUAUUGCUCAGGGUGUGCAUGGCCAUCUCACCAAAAGGCCUGAGGAAAUUGGUGCUGGUGACCAAGGUCACAUGUUUGGCUAUGCCACUGAUGAGACCCCUGAAUUGAUGCCCCUUAGCCAUGUUCUUGCCACCAAGCUCGGUGAUCGUCUCACCCAGGUUCGCAAAAAUGGAACUUGCUCUUGGCUGAGGCCUGAUGGCAAGACCCAAGUCACUGUUGAGUAUUACAAUGACAAGGGUGCCAUGGUUCCAGUUCGCGUUCACACUGUGCUUAUCUCAACUCAACAUGACGAGACUGUUACAAAUGAUGAAAUUGCUGCUGAUCUUAAGGAGCAUGUUAUCAAGCCUGUGAUUCCUGAGAAGUACCUUGAUGAGAAGACCAUUUUCCACUUGAACCCCUCUGGCCGUUUUGUCAUUGGUGGGCCUCAUGGUGAUGCUGGUCUCACUGGCCGCAAGAUCAUCAUCGACACUUAUGGUGGAUGGGGUGCACAUGGUGGCGGUGCCUUCUCAGGGAAGGACCCAACUAAGGUUGAUAGGAGUGGUGCUUACAUUGUGAGGCAAGCUGCUAAGAGCAUUGUUGCCAGUGGACUUGCCAGAAGGUGCAUUGUGCAAGUGUCUUAUGCCAUUGGUGUGCCUGAGCCUUUGUCUGUCUUUGUUGACACAUAUGGUACUGGGAAGAUCCCUGAUAAGGAGAUCCUCAAAAUUGUGAAGGAGAACUUCGAUUUCAGGCCUGGCAUGAUCUCUAUCAACCUUGAUCUCAAGAGGGGUGGCAACAACAGGUUCUUGAAGACUGCUGCUUAUGGACAUUUUGGCAGAGAGGAUCCUGACUUCACAUGGGAAGUGGUGAAGCCCCUCAAGUGGGAGAAGGCCUAAGUGAUUCUCUUCCGCUCUGUGCUGUGGGAGUUUUGAGCGUUGCCGUUAUAGUGUCUAAUCAUCAUCAAGUCUCUCAAUGUCUCUGUGUCUCUCUCCUCUUCCUCCUCCUAUUUUGUUUCUUCCAUCUUCAUUUGUAAUUUUUUAUAUGAUCAACCAAAAAAUGUACUCUCCGUUUGUAUGCCCAACCCAUAUAUGCUUUUAUGUAAAAUCAAAAAGAGAGUAUUCAAUUUGAAUUUAUCAAUUGCCAUACUUCUCUCCUUGAACUCAUUUUCACGUGCAUUUUAAAUAUCUAAUUUCCCAUGUCUCAAAAAAUCACGCUACAGUUUUGAACAGAGAAUAAAUGAACCAACUGCUUAAACUACCCACUAAGUGGUUCUGGUUUCAUUAUUUUCAUAGUAAUAACACUAUUGACCAAG